CUCACACACAGUUGCUACCAGGUGAUCCACGAUCGGCCGGCUUAGCCGAGUACUCCUACUCCUAGCUGGGAAGAGAUGUCGGCCCCUGGGGAGGCCGGCUCGCGAAUCUGCCGCAACACCACUUCGGUGAAGGUCCAAACGUUCAUGGGAACCGGGGCGGUGCCAUGCACCGAGACGCGCCAGAAAUUCCCGGUCCUGGUGCGGGUCACGGCCGCCGCGGCGGAGGAGCAGAUCAGCUCCGCCACGCCGCACGGCGUGGACAUCGUUGCGGUGCUCGACGUAAGCAUGUCCGCGGACAAGCUGAAGCGCACGAAGGACGCCAUGAACAUCGUCAUCAACAAGCUCGGCCCCGAGGACCGGCUCUCCAUCGUGUCGUUCGGCAGCGACGACGUGCGCCGCGAAAUGGAGCUCACCGGCAUGUCUGACCAUCAAGGCCGGAAAGACGCUAAGGACGUGGUCAAGCGGCUACUCACACAAGGUGGGGCCAGCAGUAUGGGCCGUAGGGUACCGCUUGCUGCUCUGCAUGAGGGAGCUCAGAUUCUAAGGGAGCGUCAAGAUGGCGAGAAGAGCAGCAGCCGUGUAGGCUGCAUCUUGUUCCUGUCGGACGGUCUGGACACCCAGAUCUUGGACGACGCAUGUAUUAGCAGCGACUUCCCAGUACACACCUUGGGUUUGGGCGCCGACCACGACCCCAAGGCCCUGAAGCACAUCGCCGACAAGACCUCCGGCACCUACUCCUUCGCCAACAAGGACAUGGCCAAGAUCAAGGACGCCUGCGCUCUGUUCACGUCCAUCCCGGCGACAUCCGUGGAGAUCACCCUCAGGGCUCACGAGGGCGCUCUCAUAUCGUCCAACGAGACGGGCCCCGACGACGGACGGUCUCUCUCGAUCCGCAUCGACAACAUGUAUGCCGGCGAGAAGAGGAACUUCAUCGUCUACCUGGCACUGGAAGCUACGGCGGAGGGCAGGCAGAAGCUCCUGACCAUCGGCGGCCGGUACCAGAACCUUAGUGAGAGCAAGAACCUUGAUGACACUGAUGAUGUUUUCUUGAUGCGGCCAGAUGAAAAAUCCUCCAAGACCGGCCGCCAAGUUUUCCUCCGUGUCCCUGAUGUGGCGGCACAAAUCAAGAUGUUGUUCCUGGGUAUCUCCGGCUCAGUGCCACAGCCGACCGCGGCGACGAUCACUUCCAGGUUGCAACAAAUAUGGCAGGAUGUGUGCCACUCAACGGAAGGCAAAAUUAGAAACGCUUCUGAGACCAUGGGAAACAUCAAGGAGGCAGGUUACCAAAAGAUGACCAGGGGCAUCAACAACUUCGACCGGUACAAGGUAUCAGGGCUGCCUUACAAAUUGUCAUGGCCAAGGAGCCUCAAUUGGCGGCGUGCAACCACUAAGAACAACGAACCCGAAUCUCCCAAGACUGGUGAUGUCGUCCUGACCCCAGGGCAAGAACCAGAAGAAAUUGCCCAAGAUGGAAACCACGGCAACGCCGCCACCACCGCCGCUGCCACAUGGGAAAAAAUCAGAGCUCGGGCAAGGAGACACCCCUGCUCUCGUUUGCGCCCGGGUGUUGCAGUUGUGCUUGUCCUGACCUCGCUCCUUCUGAUGAUGCUCUACUCUGGGCUUGAAGGAAGCUCCAUGGCAAAGGGCAUAGCACAGCUGCAGUAUCCAAUGCUUUUGUUCUCCAAGAGCAACUAUGCUGCUUGGGAUGCAAACAAGGCCAUAGAUCCCAAACAGGUUCCCGCAAGGAAGGACCAGGAGCAACUGGCAUGGAAGGCAACGAAAGCGACUGAUGAGAGCACGUCGCCAGGACAAGGGUGCUGCAGAGACAAUGCUGAUGAUGCAUCAGACAAGUGCGGCGAAUGCCAUGGUCGUGACCAUGAUACAGAUAGGGAAAGUGAUUUGGUUGCCAAGAUCUUGGACAUUAUCCUCUCCAGUGUCAAGGGGAAGGAAAGUGAGUUGAAGUCUCUUCUGGUUGAAGCUCGGUGUGAUCAUGAGUAACAGUUCUCUUCUGAUGGUAUAUAUCUGGAGAAUAACAAUCAAGCAUUGCAUGUGAAGCAUGGAGAAUAAAGAAUAAUUAAGAGGGUAAAUCUGGUGCUAUUAAUCACGAUUAAGCGUUUUAUGAUGUAAAAGGAGCGCCUGAAUGUUCAUUUGUUCCUUCUCAUGGACCGCUGCUA